UAUGAAUUAAUUAUCAGCGAUGCACGAGCAUUUAGCAAUGAUAAGAAGCUAUUGGAUGAAUUAAAGAAUGAAAAUUUUGAUGCGAUAGUGUGCGAUGUUAGCUGCUACAUGUGUCAAGUAGUAGCCGAAUAUAUUGAUAUUAAGAUCCAAGUGGAUGUAUCCCUAUUUGGAUUUGGUGAUCCUUUGCUGGCGCGUGCAUUCAAUAUUCCUAGUCCAUUAGCUUAUGUUCGUCAAGUUGGAUUAACAUCACCGUACAAAAUGGGUUUAUAUCAUCGUACAUUUAAUGUCAUCUUAAGAUUGAUUGUGCCCUUUUUCAUCGAUCAAUUCAUGUUUAAUCCGAUGUAUGCAGCUAUCAAUACUACAAAUCUUGGCCUUGAUUCCUUGCCAAAUUACAGCAUUAAAAGAUCUACCUUCUUGCUUGUCAACUCCGAUUUUGCUCUUGAGAACUCACGUCCAAUUACUCCAACGACGAAAGUCGUUGGUCCAAUUCUUCCAAGGCCACCAGCAGCAUUACCCCCUAAUUUACAGCAAUUUAUCAAUUCUAAUAAUAAAGGCACAAUUGUGGUAUCGUUUGGUUCAGUUUUUAGUGCCUUAAAGUUUUUAACCGAUAUUCAAAUUUUUUUCCAUUCAUUUGAUCGGUUACCUUACAAUGUUAUAUGGAAAUAUCCCGAUGAAAAUCGUGUAAAUAUGGAUAACUCUAUCAAGACAGUUCAAUGGCUGCCACAAAACGAUCUUCUUGGACAUCCAAAUGUGAUAGCUUUCGUUACACAUUGUGGAUUAAAUAGUGUCCUUGAAGCUGCCUAUCAUGGCGUACCUAUGGUAGCUAUUCCUGUAGCGGGUGAUGGAUAUGAUCAUGCUCAAAAAAUUUUAGCUAAAAAUAUAGGCGUUGUUUUGGACGUUAAGACGAUUACUAGUGACGAAGUAUUUAAUGCCAUUAUGCAAGUGACAACUGAUAAAAGUAUUAUUGCAAGUGUUAAACGAGUAGCUAAAUGCAUUAAAAAUAGACCUAAUAACAGAACACCAGUUGAGGAAGCUGUAGACUGGAUAGAAUAUGCACUAGGCAAUGAAGGAGGACAUUAUCUUCGAACUAUGGAAUAUACAAUACCAUGGUAUAAACUAUAUUUAAUAGAUAUUUUCACUAUAUUUUUUAUUGCACUUUUUAUAAUUCUAAAAAUCUUUCAAUUC